GCACCGCUGAUGGGCCUGGUGUAAAUUUCCAACAUUGGACAUUGAGGAACGGAGACGGGAUGUUUCCGGGGCGCAGGAGGAGACUGAGCUGGAGUCGGGUAGUCUUCUUGCUCGCAGCGCUGACCAUUUGCUCUCUCUCGCGGUUCCCCACCGGGUCGUGGCCGGGAUCGACGCUGUGGGGAGCGGGAGCCGGAGGCGCCUCCUUCCCUUACAGCAGAAGACUGCUGCAGGUCACAACAUCUGGCAGCGCGCACACCCAGCUCCCCGGGACCCGGAAUCCACACCCUCGCCUCCCCGGGACCCGGAAUCCACACCCCAGGCUCACCGGGGCUAGAAGCCCCGACCCAGGACUACCCACGAUCAGCAGCCCCGACCCAGGACUCCCCACGACCAGCAGCCCCGACCCAGGACUCCCCACGACCAGCAGCCCAGACCCCGGGCUUGCGCGGACCAGAAGCGCUCUCUCUGAGACCCCGAGUCCCCAUCCCGGCCCCCACGGGUCUAGCACCUCCAACCCCGGUCUCACCGGCACCAAGAGCCCUCGACCAGGGAUCCUCGGCCCCAACAACCCGUUAACCAGAGACUCCAACAACUGGCCCCCUCCUACCUCGGUCCCUCCCAACCAGACCAGCGCCGCCGCCAUCAGCAGCGAGCCGGCCCCGUCGGAGAAGCCUAGACUAAGGGGAUGUAUCCUGGUGGGCAACGAGAUCGUGCCGGCGCCCACAAUGGCAGCUUUCACGCCGGGCAGCAGCGAGGCACCGGCCGGCAGCGUGGAGCCUCCCACCGUCCACACCAGGAGCGCGUACCCGGUGGAUUUAUUCAGCAUGGAGGAGCGGCGGCAGGGCUGGGUGCUGCUCCAUGUGACGGGCAUGGUCUACAUGUUCAUCGCGCUGGCGCUGGUGUGUGAUGAGUUCUUCGUCCCGUCUCUGGGCGCGAUCAUUGAGAGGCUGAAGAUCUCGGACGAUGUGGCGGGCGCGACCUUCAUGGCAGCCGGGGGCUCGGCACCAGAACUCUUCACCUCCCUCAUCGGGGUCUUCAUCUCGCACAGCAACGUGGGCAUCGGCACCAUCGUGGGCUCAGCCGUCUUCAACAUCCUCUUCGUCAUCGGCAUGUGCGCCAUCGUCUCCCGGGAGAUCCUGUACCUCAGCUGGUGGCCGCUCUUCCGCGACGUCUCCUUCUAUAUCGUCGACCUGCUGAUGCUCAUCGUCUUCUUCCUGGACAACAUGAUCUGUUGGUGGGAGAGCCUGUGCCUCCUGCUCGCCUACCUGGCUUACGUGGGCUUCAUGAAGUACAACAGCGAGAUCGAGCAGUGGUUCAAGCGCAAGGUCACCAACAACAGCAACGUGGUCAAAGUGAUGUCCCUACUCCACGGCGUCAAGAAGAACACUGAUAUUGAUCUCAAAGAUGAAGAACCAAGUGAUAAUACCAGGCUCAAGGAGACUCUAGCACCAGGAUGCAGCACACCCUCUCUACACAACAGCACCCUGCGAAGCACCAUAUUCCAGCUCAUGAUCAACACACUGGACCCCUUAACUGAAGUGAAGUUUAUGCAGAAGGCUGAAGUAAUGAACAAUAUGGCCAAGGGAAAUGGAAGCCCAAAAGAAGAACGACAAACAAAAAUGAAAGAUGGAGAGACAGAGGAGAGGACAGAUCUCCCGAACACGGUGAAUGUCCCAACUGACCCGCCAGCCACAUCACCACCCGAAACUAAGGAUGAUGCCAAUACUAACCAGGACCCAAAAGAACCAGACAGCAAGGGUGAAGAUGAUGGAGGUCGAGGUGGUGAUGGAGGUUCUGAUGGUAACGAUGACGAUGAGAGCGAUGAGAGCGAUGAAGAUUCUGAUGACGAAGAUGAGGAGGAUGAGGAGGAUGAGGAGGAAUCCGAUGAUGAAGAACCUUUAAGUCUCGAAUGGCCAGAAACACGACGGAAACAGGUCACAUACCUGUGUCUUCUCCCCAUUGUGUUUCCACUCUGGCUCACGGUGCCUGACGUCAGAAACCCAGCUUCAAAGAAAUACUUUGUUGGUACUUUCGUUGGAUCAAUUCUGUGGAUCGGCGCAUUUUCAUACUUGAUGGUGUACCUGGCUCACCAGGUUGGUGAAACAAUUGGCAUUUCCGAAGAGAUAAUGGGUUUGACUAUCCUUGCCGCAGGCACCUCGAUCCCUGACCUCAUCACUAGUGUUAUAGUCGCUCGAAAAGGUCUUGGGGACAUGGCAGUGUCCAGCUCAGUGGGAAGCAACAUCUUUGACAUCACAGUUGGGCUUCCAGUGCCCUGGUUAUUAUAUGCGAUGUUUAACAAUUUACAGCCAGUUGCAGUCAGCAGUAACGGCCUGUUCUGUGCCAUCGUACUUCUCUUUCUGAUGCUGCUGUUUGUGAUCAUUUCCAUUGGCGUCUCCAAGUGGAAGAUGAACAAAGCGUUGGGCUUCACCAUGUUUUGCCUCUACUUCUCAUUCUUAAUUAUCAGUGUAAUGCUAGAGGACAGGAUCAUUGCGUGCCCAGUGUCCAUAUAAACUCUGACUUUCUACCCAGACGUGACAGAGGGAACUAUUGAGGAGAGGAUCCGCUGCAACGUAACUGGUUGUCAACAUGAAGAUCGCAAGUUACGGAGAUAUUCAAAAGCACCAACCUCAACCGUACCCAGAAUUUACAUUUUACUAUUGUUGCUUUGACAUUGACAAAUUUAGACCAUUACUGAGGGAGUUUGCUGAACAUGGAGGCAGUUGGCAACAAUUGAAAACAGGAGGAGAAAGAUAACAAGUUAGCAAUCCCUGUUGUCUUGUACUAGGAGCUACAGAGCAGUUUUGUCACUUUCCAAACUAGAUGUGAUUAAUGGUUAUGAAAUGUUCAUUAUGACAUAACCUCAAUGUACAUUCUCACGUUAUGAUUUUUUAUAUCCCAGUAAUAAGGCACAGAAUCAGCAUCAAACUCAGACCAAUCAGGCAACACUUUGGUAACAAUUGUUGCCUGAUUGUUAGGCAACAAUUGCCUAAUUGUUAAGUAUUACAAUUAAGUAACAAUUUGAAAAAAAU